CUACAGCGCCGCCCUCCCUCUCUCUCAGCCCGGCUUCUUCUCCUCCAAACGGCGCUCAUAGCAGCGACCUGACGGCCGCUCAGCAGUCGCGCUUCUGCCGCUGUUCAAACUCACCACCCCACCGGCCGUUCGUGGGGUUUUGAUAUUUCAGUAGCAGGCACCGACCACAGGGGGAGAUCCGGUUCGUUUCAGGGAGUUUUUGUUUUCGGUUGAUGGAUGGAGUCGUCCCCGCAGGAUUCAGCCAGCGAGGCGAGCAGGAGCGGCUCCGAGCCCGCUACAUCAGCGAGCCUGGAGACUCCGCACUUCACACCGCCCAGGACACACAGCUCCUCCGGCUCCGGCUCCUCCGGCUCCAGCUGCGGCAAAGGUUUGUCGGCAGCUGUGAAGAAGACACACUCAUCUCAGAUUGAAAUAAUCCCCUGUAAGAUUUGUGGAGAUAAAUCAUCAGGGAUCCACUACGGCGUCAUCACCUGUGAAGGCUGUAAGGGUUUCUUCAGGCGUAGUCAGCAGAGUAACGCCACCUACUCGUGUCCUCGCCAGAAAAACUGUCUGAUCGACCGAACGAGCCGAAACCGCUGCCAGCACUGCCGUCUGCAGAAAUGUCUCACUGUGGGCAUGUCCCGAGACGCUGUAAAGUUUGGUCGCAUGUCUAAGAAGCAGCGGGACAGUCUGUACGCAGAGGUGCAGAAGCACCGCCUCCAGCAGCAGCAGCAACAAGGUCACAACCUCUUGUCCCAUCCCAGCCUCGGCAGCCCGAGUCCAGUCGAGUCCGAGUCGCUGUCCUCUCACUACACCCUGUCCUCCACCGGCCUCACAGAGCUACCUGAUGAGGGGGGGCACUACGUGGAACAGAACUCGCCUGAAGGCGGAUCUUUGUCAUCUAAGGGAGACUCUGCAGGAGGAGGGGAAGGAGGUGGUGGGGGGUUCUACUUGGAUAUCCAGCAGUCUCCGGAUCAAUCCGGACUUGAUAUUAAUGGCAUCAAACCGGAGCCCCUGUGCGACUAUGGAUCCAGUAACGGCUUUUUUCCAUAUUGCUCCUUCAGCAACAGAGACGUGCCACCCGCGGUGCCCAUGGCUGAGCUCGAUUACUUGGCCCAGAUCGUCUCCAAGUCUCACCUGGAGACAUGUCAGUACCUCAGGGAGGAGCUGCAGCAGAUGAGCUGGCAGAGCUUCCUUCAAGAUGAGGUGGAAAGCUACCAGAGCAAGCCUCAGGAGGUGAUGUGGCAGCUCUGUGCUGUGAAGAUCACAGAGGCCAUUCAGUAUGUGGUGGAGUUCGCUAAACGCAUCGACGGCUUCAUGGAUCUGUGCCAGAAUGACCAGAUCGUACUGCUGAAAGCUGGCUCUCUGGAGGUCGUCCUUCUACGAAUGUGCCGAGUGUUUGACUCGCAGAACAACACUGUCUUCUUCGAUGGGAAGUUUGCAGGUCCUGAAGUCUUCAAAGCUUUAGGCUGUGAUGAUUUCAUCACGGCGGUGUUCGACUUCGCUAAGAGCAUGUGCUCGCUGCAUCUAUCAGAGGACGAGCUUGCUCUCUUCUCAGCGUUCAUUCUGCUUUCUGCAGGGCCCAGGGUGGAGCUGAUGAAAUAA